AUGAUUUUCUCGUACUACGUGAGCGACGAUAGUAGCAGUGAAGAAGAAAGUCGGCCGAAUCUAGCAAACCAACGUCGACUGCUUCGUAGCAUGUUCGACCCGAUGGAAUUGAAUACCCAAACGUUUAAGAAAAAUUUCCGCGUGUCUAAGGAAAUUUUUCUUGACAUCCUUAAGGAAAUUGAACCAAAAUUUCCGCCAGUUAGAGCACAAGCACUUACCCCAAAGGAAAUUUUGGCUGCCACGCUAAGAUUUUUAGCAGAAGGUAGCUACCAACACGGUGUUGGAAAGGAUUUCAACAUUGCAAUAGCUCAACCUACUUUUUCCGUGGUUUUUGCAAAAUGUUUGAAAAUCCUUGAAGAUACUCUCGCGGCAAAGUGGAUCACGAUAGAAAUGGCACCCAACGAACAGCAGGCUGCUCGACGGUACUUCUACGCAAAAAGUGGCAUUCCUGGUGUUGUAAUGUGUGCUGAUGGUACGCACAUAAAAAUCGUUGCACCAGUUGAGGACAGAGCCCAUCAUUAUAACCGAAAAGGUUAUUAUAGCAUAAACGCGUUGAUUAUUUGUGACCACGAAAUGAGAAUCCGGUAUGUGAAUGGGAGGUACAGUGGGGCAAAUCAUGACUCGCAUGUAUGGACUGUGUGCGGAAUCGAUGACUUUUUCGCUGGAAAGCAUCAACGUGGCGAAACAAGCUAUAAAGUGCUAGCCGAUUCUGCGUACCCGUUGAAGUCAUGGCUAGUGACGCCUAAACGGAAUCCUGUUCCAGGAACACCGGAUGCUGAGUACAACAAAAAACAUUCUUUGGGAAGAGAAAUAGUUGAGCGGACAAUCGGCUUAUUAAAAAUUAGGUUUCGAUGUUUGUUGGGAGCUCGUCAAUUACACUACCGACCGGAGAAAGCAGCACAAAUUUUGAAUGUAUGCUGUAUUUUGCACAACAUGUGCAUUGCUUACAAUAUAGAAGAGUCCAGCUCGGACGAAUAA